AUUCGCCUUGCGCCCAUCGAUAGUUUUUCUUUUACUCCUGUGGAAUUUGUAUGACAAGCAGAGAUGACUAACAAAAAGUACCAGCUCUCAAGGCCCAUGGCAAUUGGACACUUUAGUCUCAGCAGGGAGCGCAUCUAUAGACGCGACAAAAGUGAAUUAAAGUUCCUUUUAAUGCCAGAUAGCUUUCCAUUGGAUCUCAAAAAGCAAUACGUAAAGCUUAAGGAAGCUGACAUCUCUCCUCAAUAUUUGGACAAUAUGCUAUACUUCAUAAGGGAUAACAAAGAGUUAAUGCUUGCGAGGACUUCAAAACGUACAAUUAAAGCUAAGUGUGAUAUUAUCACAAAUAGCGACGUGCUGCAAGCUCUAAAAUGCACCAUCUAUACGAAACGCAAUUGGAGAAUUCUUGGUACCAAGUUCCUAAAUACUAAUUACUUAUGUCUCGCGGAACCAACCCAUGAGACGUCGCAGAUGCAAAAAAUUUGUCAGAUUUUGGAGACAAAACUAAAGCUAUUUUUAUAUUCAGAUACUCCCAAGAAGCAAUAUUUGAGUUCCAAGCUUGACGGCGGGCACUUUUAUAGGGUGUUUCAAUUAAAAAUGGACGAAUUAACCGUGGUCUAUGAAUCUCCAAUGGGUGCCAGAUGCUAUCGAGAAGAAAACUCAUUUACGGAUUGCAAGGUGAUUCCUCCACGGUAUUCAACCCAUGAAGCAAGCGGAAUCUCACAAUCAGAUUUGGAAUUAUCGUGGUGGUCGGAAUGCUCUCUAAAUGGUGUUGAAGAGAUUCGCGUAGCACGUCCAACAGCAUCUGGCCAUGUCGAUGCCAUUGAGACGAUUCGCUCAGCGUCACUUGUGACAAAUAAUUCCGAAAAGUGGUCGGAAGAGGAGUGCAACAACUGCAUGAUCUAUAUUUUGCGACAGAUAUGCAAUGCGAUGACAGUGAACUGUCCUGAUGCGGUCUAUCAAUUCGACUACGACUCCGACUCAAGUAAUCUUGUAUUCAAAGCCUGUUAUGAGCGCAGUGAGAACACAUUUAUUUCAGAUUGGUAUCGCCGAAUCUUGAAAGAGAGAAUAACUCAACAAUGAGUCUGCAGCAAUCCUGCUUACAAAGGUGUUGGACUCGAUCUGACCCCCAGGUGGCUGAAUUGUUUUUGUUUUCUGUCUUGUUAACUGGCAUCUCAAGUCGCUUCAAUUUCCGCCUGUAAUCUGCUUGUUUUCAAGUUUUUCCCCCAAGGCGUUGCUCAAUUUUUGUGCUCGAAAUUGCCACUAAAUCAAAACAUGAAUUACACCAACCACAGCAGCAACGAGUCCAACAACUCCUACACACUGUGUAGAUACUUGUAUUUCCCAUUGGGACAACGAUCCUGGUAACAUUGAUAAAUAACUAAAUAAUAGAAUAAACUGCACAAAAGGUGUAACAAAAAUUAAAGUCGGCUUAAA